AUGUGGCGGGCGGCGGCCGCGGCGGCCCCGCGGCGGGAACUGCGCGGGCACCGGGGCGCGGUACUGGCGCUCUGCUACGCGGCGGCGCGGGGGCUGCUCGCCUCCGCCUCUGAGGACCGCAGCGUGCGGCUCUGGGCCGUGGGCGAGCUGGGCGGCGGUGACGGGGACGGCGCCUGCCUGCUGGUGUGCUACGGGCACGGGGCGCGGGUGGCCGCCGUGGUGCUCCGGGGGUCGCUCCCGGUCAGCGCAGGGGAGGACGGUGCCUGCCUGGAGUGGGGAGUCAGCGGCGAUGUGCGGCGGGAGCGGCGCGGGCACCGCGGGGCCCUGCGCGCCCUG